GGUAGCCAAUGGUAAGGCAGAAACGAAUCACGUGACCUCUCCUUGUAGUUCUGUGGAUGGUUGUUCGUGAUAAGUUGUGUGAAGGUAUGACCUGUCAUUUGUGAUAGUUUAGUGACUAAAUUGGUUGUUGUUCCUUCAAAUAACUUAACAUGGAGAGCUGGUCCCAGCUGUAACCGAGGAUGCUAUUCCACUAUAGCCCAUCACAACCAGUCAGCAUACUUAUCUGCUAGCAACUAACUAUCGUGACAUGGUGACGCAGACAUCUUGACACUUGAGGAAGGAAGGGAACACAAUUGAUCUAGUGAAUUUUCAAGAAACCAAACAUAAAGCCAUCAGCAACAUAAGAACACUCGGUUUUAGUUAUCGGAAUUUUUAGAUAUUGAAUAGUCACUAUGGAGCGUGAAAGCAACUCAAUGCAAGCGUUGUGCCGGUCUGGAUGCGGUUUCUACGGUAAUCCUGCCACUGACGGACUAUGUUCGCUGUGUUACAAAGAAGCGCUCAAGAAGAAACAACAACCACCCAGCACCACCUCCUCCACAGCUACGUUCUCCACUCCCCAAGCAACCCUGAUGGAGACGCACACAGCCGUGCCCACAAUCCCUGUCAUCAGUCCAGCGCCAACUCCCGCUCCCUCCCUUGGCGAUAACAAGGACACGGAAGGGGAAGCAGCAGGCAGCAGUAGUGCAGCGGAUAAUAACCAGGACCUGGACGAAGGACAGGACAACAAGGAUGAUAAGGACUCUAAGAAAAAGAAAAACCGCUGCGCCAUGUGUCGCAAGAAGGUUGGGCUCACAGGUUUCGAGUGUCGCUGCGGAGGCCUGUACUGUGCUGUCCACCGAUAUUCGGACAAGCACGACUGCUCGUUUGACUACCGAGAGCUUGGCGCACAAGAAAUCCGGCGCAACAACCCAGUUGUCGUCGGUGAGAAGAUUCAGAAGAUAUAAGAGUCGUCGAUUGUGCGCGAACCCACCACCUUAGAACGAAAAAAAGACCUUAAUACCAAUUAAUAUAGCUUGAAAUUUUUUAUUAUAAAAAUAGUUAUUUUAGUGACGUAGGUUUUUUACGAGUGCAUUGGAAUUUUGGAGUGCGGAGGUGACUAGUGCGGAAGACAGUCAUUUUUUUAGUCUGCGUAGACAAGCCUCCGAAUGGACUUGCACAUAGCCAAAAUCUAACGCGACUCUAAAAAUCUACUUUAAUAAAUAACUACUAUUUAAGGGAAUACAAAUUUUAUUAACUUAGGAUGGUAAUGAGUUAUCUAUCUUUUGAUUGUUUUGAGUAGUGUAAAUCCAUAAAUUUUGUUAUUCUUUCAUCUCUUUAAAUUUGUUUUUAUGAAUCUUCCUCGAUAACCACUCAAGUCUUUAUCUAGUUUACAUGAACUUGGAUAGUUUGAUAAAUGUGUGGUCGUGCGCAGUUGUAGUAUGAACACGAAUUGUGCGUGGGAGAGCCGGUCUUGUAACGGUUUAUAGGUGUCGAUAUCCAUACGUGUACGCUACAUAAGUGUGUGCUUAUUUCUUUGUUCACAAUUAAGUGUUACCAAUAUUGUUUUGUUGAGUUGCAGGCAGCCAAUAUAUAAACCUUAAAACUAUUCUGUUUAUUACUGUUUACUAAUAAUUUCUUAGUUAAUGGGCCAAAGUCUAAGGAAACCUUGAAGGUUUUGUUGUUUUUGCUCCCGUAAUACAUAGAUUAAUUGUAAAAUUGUUUUGGCAUAGCCCUUAGCCAAGUGUUUUGUUCUAGGCACACCUUGAGUAUUUUGUUAUUUCAAUUGGUUUGUGUAUGUGUGGUGGGUUUUCUUAUCCUAAGCAGAAUUGAUUUCCCAGGAGAAACUGACCAUCUUUGUUAGAUUUUGUUAAAAAUUAUGAGUUGUUUUUUUUUAAUAGUUAAUUAUAAAUUGUAAUUUGUUUUGUAGAUUUUAAGCCAAGCCAAACUGUUUUCUUAGAGUAAAAGUUAUUGUGUAUAAAGUUUCUAAGUCUGCAAAAUCAGUUAUUCAGUUUUAGUAAAACUCGAAAUAGCAUAAUCAGUUGUUCAGUUUUAGUAACAUUAUAUAUAACAGUAUUGUAGAAUAUUCAUGUUUUGACCUUUUUAGUUAGCUUGCUGAAAUUAUCACAUUUUAUUCAAGAACUAUAAUGAAGAACCCAGACUGCUGUUAAAUUUAAGAAUGUAUAACUGAAAAUAAUAAAGACAGUGCAUAUGUAAUAAUUAAUGCACAUUAAGUUGUUAAGAAUCUGUUAAUAUUCAAUAAAUUUUUACUGAUUAUAAUUUAAUUUUGUGGUUUUUUUUAUCUAUAUAAUGGAGAGAUUAAAAAAUAUUACGAUAUAAUUACAGAUAUAAUUAAACGUUGGGUAUAAAAUAGUUGCAUCACUUUCAAUUUUAGAAUGCGACUUGAAAUAAUAUUAAGAAAUAAAUAACAUUAUUUUUUACUCUGAAAAAAUGUUUUCCUAUUUUAUUAUCAAUAUUGUGUACUAUAGAUUAAAUGUUGCGGAUAUUAAGUGCUCAAUUUCAAAUGUAUGCACUAUAGCUAGUUCCAGACAAAAUAGUGUCUAUUAUUCUGUUUGGAAAUCUUUGAAGUAUUCACAAAAUAUAGGCCAGAUUUUUUAGCCAAAAUUUUAGAUUAGUAUGUUGUUAUAUUAAAUAUAAUUGUUUGCUUUAAAUUAGUGUUCCUUGUUUUCAAGUUUUAAGUAAUAAAUAAUUAAUUUUUGUAGUAGACAGAAAUAUAGCUAUUGAAAAUGACUUAAUUUCCACCAAAAUUCAUCAAAAUCCGCUAAUGCUAGGUCAAUAUUAAAGCCACGUGAGGCCCUGCUAAUCCUAUAUGAUUUUCACAAUCUAUUCCAGUAUCAACUGCUGUUUAUGUAUAUUUGAGUCUUUUUAUGAUUCCCAUAACCGAUAGAGAAUUGUAGUGUUUAAAAAUACAUUUGUACUUGAGCAUUCUUUUAUUUUUCACAAGCAACAAAGAAAGGCUGGUGUUAUGAAAAGUUGUUAUUAUGUCAAAUACUUUCUCCUGUGUUUUUUCUGUUUAAUAUUUCACCUAUCCACAGCUAGACAAAGAAAAGGCCACAGUUUUUCCACUGUCCAUUACUGCUUGUGAUUAUUGUACAUUACGUUUUCAACUGUCACAAAUAAUAUAUUUAUGUAAAUAUUAUAUGUUUUGUAAGUAUCCUCAUUUGUUAACUGGACUUGCUGGAGUGAAAGCUAGUGAAAUUUUCUUUUUGUGUGAAUGAACAUGGGUUUUCAGCGAAGAACAUUUGUAGUGUAAGUGACUUUAUGUGGAAUUAGUUGAAAAUUUAGUUAUGCGAAAGCUUACAUAGUUUUAUGGUCGUUGACAGCGUGUUUGGUGCGUGUUAAUUUGAAGAUAAUUUCAAAAUCCACAUAGUCUUUUGGAGUUUGUUCCAUAACUAUAUUGUUCUAAAUUAAUGACAUGUAUCGAGGUAUAAUAAACAAUACAAACAGC